UCAUAAAAACGCCACAGUGGCUGUCAUGUGACUGUUCAUCUUUAGGAAAAGUAAUUUUCCUUUGCCGUCUGGUAGGCUUUUUGAUAAAGACUAUUUGAGUCACAUAGAGAGACCUUUUAAUCGAUAAAUAGUGAAAAUGUUACUAGUUUUGUCAGAGGAAUAUAAAGAACAUCUGGCUUUCCUGCCUCAGGUGGAUCCUGCAGUGGUGUUUGAGUUCGGGCGGAUAGCAGUGGAGUUUUUGAAGAGAGGAAUAAACUCAAAAGUCUACGACGGAGCAGCAAGAAAGCUUGGUUUUCCUAUCACAACCGUGCAGCAUGGAGUAGAAGGCCUAAUGUUUCUGUUGACUGAAAGUUCUAAACUUAUGAUUACAGAUAUUGAUUUCAAGGACUCUGUGAUGGUUUUGGGUUUCAGUACAGAGCUAAACAAAAUCCUUUUACAGCUCUAUGUGGAGAACCAGACUACGAUCCGCAGCACACUCACUCAGCUGGCGCCAAGUCUGCCUUCUUACCAUAACUUAGAAUGGAGGCUGGAUGUACAGGUUGGUACAACAUAUAUGAAUGCAACUCAGCCUCAAUCUGUAUGCUUGCAAACAUGAUAUCUACUACUUGUAUCAGCUGGAACCAGUGAGAACAGGAGGUGCUGUUUACAGACCAACCCCUCAACACUCCUUCACCUAAUCGCAGUGCUGGAAGCUGCACUGGCUUCAAUGAAAAACAACCAUGCACGCCGCAUCCUGCGCAACAUUAAAUGAAUACCUCGAUUUUUUUGUUUUUUUCUACAACCUUAUGAUCAUUUCUAUUGCUAGACUGAAACACCCUGUUCUUUAUAGCACACAACUCUAUUUUGAAACAAGAACGUUGUUGCUUUUGAUACUGCAUUAAUUUGUGUAUUGUUAUUAAACAUAUAUUGCCACUUUGUUUUUUACAUAUUGUAAUCAGCUCAUCAAGAUUCCUGUUAUGUAAUCUGCAUUGUGCCACUUAGAAUUUAUUAUUGAACUGUGUUUAUUGCCCAUAUUAACCAAUUGUAUUGUUAUGCACAUAAUCUAUAAUAUUAAUAAAUAAAUUAUUAAGACCCCUUGAGAUAAGGAGAAAAUCAAAUGCUUGGUGUAGUUCUCCCAUCAUCAAAUAACAGGCCCUUUCAUUUUAUUGUGAAAAUAUAAGAACUGUCAUGUUAGUGGUAGUGUGAGUGUGUAUGGAUGCUCAGAGCCUAAAGAUUUGCCGUCAUUAAAGUAAAAAAUAAUUCUAACAGACAAUUCAGAAGGAGAAUGUCCAGUUGUCCAUUUUGCAACCAGACAACUAAGAAUAAAUCUACCUGCUGUGACUUAAA